ACAGAAAGGUGAGCGUUCUCUGAGUCAGACGUGCUUUUUCUAGAAGGGUGCCACUGAAUAUAAGCGUGUAUAAACUGGGCAUGUUCCGUUUGAGAAUCUGAAAUCUGAAAUUUUUCAAAAAUGGAACCAACAGCAGACAUAGACACCUCUAGAUUUUUAGAAAAAGGUCCUGAGUACCUUCGAAAACAGAUGGAGUUGGAGGGGGAGGCCAAGGGGGGGCUAAGCGCCGUGGAGAGGCUGGCUGCUACCAAACCAAAGUAUGUAAAAACUCAACGGGUAAUCAAUUCUAAGCAGAUUCCAGUGAUCACGUUCAGUUCGGCCUCGGUGAGCAGCAAUGGGUCUUCCAACCGGAGUUCAAGACGGAGCAUGGACAUCAAGAAUGGAAAAGGCACUGCCCAGCAGAAUAUCGAUGAACAAGGUGAGCAGUCCCCUGACGGAGCCAAUGUUGUGCGUCGGAGCAGUUCCAAAAGACAACGUCCAGAUUCACUUUUAAUGUACAGACAGAAAUGUGAACUGGUGAAAGCGUCGAAUGAAAAGGCCAAGGAAAGUUUUAUUCGUAGAGCUCUUCUGAACUCUUUAAAAGACAAACCAACUGUACCUGAGGCAACAGUUAAAACAUGCGGCGCAGAAGAAACAGAACCUGGAGCUAUAAAAACAAUGACCUCAAACACACGGGCCCAGCAAACAUUAUCGGUCGAUGUAAGGAAACUGAGACAUGACAGAGUCUCAGAAAUUGAGGGUAAAUCCAGGAAAGGUGUUGCCCGUUCACAUUCUGAUAUAAGUUCAAGGUACUCCAAAAACUUUUCCGAGUUCGACAUUUUUUUCAAAUAUUGUGGAUUGGACGGUGACGUAAUCGAAUCACUGGGGAAAGAGAACUUUUCUGCUCGUUCGGACGACCUGUCUUUAAAAAUUCGAAGUGUGAGCGUGUCAGCUUCAGAUGAUGGAUUCACAAGAGAAAGCGGAGAUAGCGAUGGACUAUUGGAGGAGGAACUUCAUGAAAAUAUUCGCCAGGGGACUUCGGUAAUUGAACGCAAUGCACGAAUUAUAAAAUGGUUGUAUAGUUGUAAAAACGCCCAAGAGUCAGGCAAAGCAUUAAGGGAUCUCGACUAGAAUGCUGUGCCCAACAGCAACAAUUUUAUCCAAUGAAAACUAGUAACGUAGACUCUAGUCGUUGUGCUUCAGGUGCUGUUAUUGUCAUUGUCAUUGUGAGCUAACUCGAGCUACACAGGGAAGUUGUGUAGUGAUUUUCUCUAUAAUUAUUGCUCAAUUUCAAGUUCUCAAGUUCAAGUUCACAGUGAGUUUACGUUAGGCCUGUUACACCCUUGUGUUGUAUUUAACUGAUUUAUUUCUGUACAUGUUACAUAAAGUACAUAGCCUGCAUUAUCCACAUAUGGCAUAUUGGUGAGUAUAGGCUAUGGAAUUGGACAUUUUCUCAGAACACUUUUACUCAACAUAUGAACUGCUUUGUACAGGUUCUCUAGAAAGCAGUGGCAUUUUAAUUGACAGCAUAUAUUUGCCUGAAAAGAAAUGAAAACGAUAAGUACUGGAAAAAUCAAUCACAAACGGCCGACAAUGUGGCUGUGUCUGAUUUGUUAGACCUAUUGCAUGAGGAAGGAAAAUUCCAUUCCAUUUCACAGUGUUUGUGCGGUUUCUGCAUAGUCACAUGGCAUAAAGUCCAGAAAAAUAGGUGUUAGAUAAAUGUGUCGGCCUGUAGCGUAGUGGUUAGGGUAAAUGACUGGGACACGCAAGGUCAAUGGUUCUAAUCCCGGUAUAGCCACAAUAAGAUCCGCACAGCCGUUGGGCCCUUGAGCAAGGCCCUUAACCCUGCAUUGCUCCAGGGGAGGAUUGUCUCCUGCUUAGUCUAAUCAACUGUACGUCGCUCUGGAUAAGAGCGUCUGCCAAAUGCCAAUAAUGUAAUGUAAUGUAAUGUGUGAGCUUGGUCAUGACAUCGUUAGUUUAUUGUCUAUUAGCUAUUAACUUCUGGGAAAAAAUUACAUCUGACAUGUUUUGCAUUGUAUCAGUUAAAGUUUAUGUGAAUAUAUUCUGAAUGCUGUCUUGUUGAUUGUCAUGUAUGGAUGGAUGU